CUUCCCUGUAUUUCUUCUAAAUCUCUCCCCCCCUCUCUCUCUAAAUCAUCUCCUUCACUCACACUAAAUCUCCAUAUUCAUGGCUGAUCAAGACCAAGACAACAGCAAGAAUUUGACAUCGUUAAUAAUGGAGUCGAAGCCUCUGCACCCACUCCACCAAAUAGCUGAGACCCCAUCUCACAAGCUCCUCCUCAAGCAAUGGCUGAAAGAAGAAGAGCUAAUCCUCAACAGAAUCUCCCUCAAAGAGACGCAAAUCGACUCGGCCAGGAAUGAGAUCACGCAACUCUACUGCCUGUUCUUCCUCUUCCACUCCAUUGCCCUCAUCCUCCUCUUCAGCGCCUCUUCUUGGGCCCCAAAUGGAAAAGGCCACUUCUGUAAAAAAUCCUGGAUCCCAUCACUCUGUUCUCUAGUUUGUUCAUUGGGUUUAAUCUGGGCUAUUCGGUACAAAACCGACGUGGAAUCCCACUUGGAGAAGCUAUUGGAAAGAGAGAAAGAGGAUGGGAAAUUGUUGGCUAAGUGUGUGGAAGAGUUGAAGAAAAAAGGUGUGGAGUUUGAUUUGCUAAAAGAGGUUGAUGCUCUUAGGAGAGCCAAGAGUUUAGGGAUCGAAUCAAAGGCGGUUCAAAAAUGGUCGAGUAGGGAUUUUGUGACCCUGUUUUUCUUCACUGUUUCUUGCUUGGUUCUUGGAUUUACAAGGGUUAUUUUGUGUAGUUAAUCGUGUACUGGAUUUUGGAAAUCCCAGAAGAUAUCUCAGAUGUUGUCAGGAUACUUAAGAAGAAAAUAGGUGAAUGGGGUUAAUGGGGAGGAUCGGAUGCAGAACACACUGUUCUUAUUUGUUAAUUUUUUAGGAUGACCCUUGUAAUAAAUGCUAUCAUCUUGUUAGUUUUGCUAA